AAUAGAAUACAAAACAAUGUUCCGGCUCUUGGUCGUAACUUUAUGUCAGCGCCUCAUCUUUCCAUCCAUUUAUUUUCUAUACCACUUAUCCUAAACGGAAUUAUUUCCAUACAAAUAAAUUAUGUGAAUUAAAAUACGGAUAAUGAUAAUUGCGGUCUGCUAAAGUUACAUGGGUGUUUUUUUAUGCAAAGUGUACCAGGAAGUAAGGCAGCUGGCAACAACAACAACAUUGGCGGAGAAGUGGCCCAUCCCAACACAAGAGCUUUAUGACUGAGUGCUUCUAUAGGGUAAGUGAGCAUGGACACCCUAUCCAGUCACAGCUCCUACCUGCUGCAGCAGCUCCAGGAGCAAAGGAUUCAGGGAAUGCUCUGUGACUGCAUGCUGGUGGUCAAAGGAGUCUGCUUCAAAGCCCACAAAAAUGUCCUGGCUGCUUUUAGCUCCUACUUCAGGUCUUUAUUCCAGAAUUCCCCAAGUCAGAAAAACGAAGUGUUUAACUUAGUUAUCCAGGAUGUCGGUGGCAUUGGACAAAUACUGGACUACAUGUACACCUCCCAUCUUGACGUCAAUCAAGAUAAUGUGCAAGCACUCCUUGAUAUUGCUCAGUGUUUGCAAGUCCCGAAUGUCCAAAGCAUGUGUAAUACUUUCCUCAAGCCUUGCCCCCCACCACCUGUGGAAAUCCCAUCAUUUUCUCUGCCAAGCAUGCUGACUUCCGAGCAUGAUUGCCUCCUGGGAAGCAGCCUUCCUAAUGAUGUUGACCUCCACUGUCCGUCUGAAGUGCCUAGGCCCGGCUUCAUGGAGCAAGCCAAAAGAAUGGCAGUUUCCGUGCCUAACAGCAACUCAAGCUGUGACUCAACAACCAGCACCCAGGCGCCUGUAGAAAAGCAGUUAGUCCAUGGUUAUAAGCUCCGUAAUUUCUACAGUAAGCAAUACUUCAAACAAAUCCAGGCCUCAAAUCAGGGCCCGGGUCCUUCGGUUGUGGUGGAGGAGUCACAGUGUCAACUCGGGGUCCCUCAUGGUGGAAAUCACUCACCCGUGUGCACAGGAAACACAGUUCAGCCCAACGCUUCAUGCACGUCUUUGUCAGGUGACAAGAACCACGUUUCUGCACUGACACCUUCUGAUAGUUUAAACACUCCCAGCUCAGACCAUGCAGACUCCAUGCUCACUAAGCCAGUGCGUCCAAAGAAGACCGUGUACCUUAAGAAAUACAACUACCUACGCUCUCAGAAGGCUUUAGAGGAAAUGUUUGCAGAUUCGGUCACUGAGCCCAUCCAUAACUGCCCCAAAGAUACUCACCAAGAACAUCCUGUGGUCCAAAUUGCGGCUCCGGAAACACAUGAUAAUCUUGUCACUGUAAGGGAAGAUACAACAAAGACGCCAUCAGAUGUUGAAAUUCCCGGACCGCCACCUGUAAACCAAGAGGAGCAAGGUCUUCAGACUGUGUCGGAACCACCACAGCAACCGGGACACAAAUAUUGCUGCGAUGUAUGUGGGAAAAUCUUCAAACACCCAAGCAACUUAGAAAUGCACAAACGAUCACAUACAGGUGAGAAGCCAUUUGAGUGUAAUAUUUGCGGCAGGAACUUCUCACAGGCUGGAAAUUUACAGACGCAUUUACGACGACAUUCUGGAGAGAAACCUUAUAUCUGUGAGUUAUGUGGCAAAAGCUUCACUGCAUCUGGUGAUGUCCACCGUCACAAAGUAGUGCACACAGGAGAAAAGCCACAUUUGUGUGAUAUUUGUGGUCGAGGAUUUAACAACUUGAGUAAUCUCAAGGAACACAAAAGGACACACGCCACAGACAAGAUGUUCACCUGUGACCAGUGUGGAAAAUCCUUCAACACACACAGGAAACUUCUGAAGCACAAAGCCUGCCAUGCUGGCGAGAAACCACACAGUUGUGCAACAUGUGGGAAGUGUUUCAUUGGAUCAGGAGAUCUGCAGCGUCACAUCCGCUCCCACACUGGAGAAAAGCCUUACCUCUGCGCCACCUGUGGAAAAAGCUUCACCCGUUCAGCCAUGUUGAGGAAACACAGCAACAUGCACUGCAAAGGUGCACCAGCUGAUGGCGACGUCACAAUCAUCUCCGACCAGACUCGUACUGCGGAUGUAGACUCCUCACUGACUAAAAAUGUCACUACAAGUGAGCAACCAUUUCCUGCAUUGAUGCCUCACACAGGACCCGAGAAACCGUCACCGCCUAGUCCUCCACCUCUGGACAUCCAGCUCAGCCCAGCAUCUACUCCAACCUCACUUCCAGAACUGCGCUCCCUCGUUCCUCAUCAUCUCCUCUCAUCCUCCCACCAGGAGAGGAGCACAGCAUUGCCUGGCUCCGAUCAUAUGAAGCUGCCCAAAGCACAACUAUCUCAAGAGAUCGUGUACGGGCCCUAUGCGGAACACGGACCUCUGGGAGGUGAGACGGGACGAGUUCUGGUAGCCAAGCCCUCCUACCUACCUCUUCAAGACAGUCCCUGUGCCUCUUUGACAGGGGCUAUUCGGUCCAACAGUGGAUCGUACAGAUCCAGUGAAGGCAACUUUACUUCCAGUGUAACUCUGUGGGGCCUUGCAAUGAAAACUUUGCAGAAUGAUAAUGACAUGGAGCAAUAACAGUUUAGCGUUUUAGGAGGUUUCAGGUGCAACAGGAUGUACCCAUCUAUUAUGUGAACAUUGUCUGCAGGUUUCUCCAGAGGGCUGCUGCACACAGUAUAAAGUUAGCUGUUGUAAACAUCGUAGAGGGGCACACCCUACUGGACAAACUCUUUAAUAGCAUCAUUUAGACCACCCCUUGCAUGUUUUACUGGAUCAUCAUCUACACUGCAGGUUUUCUUUUCCAACCAUUUUGUCCAGCAGCUGAUUUAAUUGAUCAGCAUCUUCCCUCAAAUUGAAGGUUUUGAUCAUUAAAUGAUCAUGAUACAAAUCGUCUGAGAAAAAUCAAAUAAAAUCAUGUUUUGUUUUUUUUUAUUUAAGGUCAUAUUGACACAAAAUAAAUACAUAUGAGGCUCAAUCAGGUAACAAUAUUAACACCUCAGUAUGUUGGAGUGUUGCAGAAAAAUUAAUACCAGAAUGCACGUAAAUUAAUCUGCUUUUUUUGUGAUUAUAAUGGUAAAGUAUUGUUAUUGAACUCACCACAAAGAAUGGCAAAUAAA